GGAAGCAAAAGCCAAACGGAGAUUUCCAGCGUUGCAACAAACUGGGCGUGUCGAUGGGUUUUCUAGGACUCGAGGGGAACACGGGAAAUCAAACCUGGGUUGGAAGUGAGUCUUUGGUCAUGUGGGGAUUUCCUCCUUCGCUGACAGCGCCUGCAGCGCCGUUUGCGCUGAAACAGACACACCCCGGGCCAGAGUCAGCCAGAAGGCGCGACGUUCCGGACUGAAGCGACUCAUAUCCGCGGAGACGCGUCAGAGAGCGAUCAUCCUGGUAAACAUAGAACAACAAGCAGAACGGUAGAAACGAUGGCGGCGUCUCAAUUCAACUCCUCAGAGAGCAACACUACCUUUCUGGAUUCGCAGUUUCGCUACGUGCUCUUCCCCGUCUUCUACAGCAUCUUCUUCGUUGUGGGCUUCUUCGCCAACGUUUACGUUCUGUUCAUCCUGCGGUGCCUCCGCGAAGCAAAGGCCAUGGGAGAAAUCCGCAUCUACAUGACCAACCUGACAGUCGCCGAUCUCCUUUUUGUGUGCGCGCUGCCCUUCUGGAUUGACUAUUACAGGCGUGAAGGGGACUGGGUCUUCCAGGAUUUCAUGUGCCAGCUGACGGGAUCGUUCUUUUUCAUCAACAACUACUGCACCAUCCUCUUCCUCGCAGCAAUCAGCUUCAACCGAUACUGGGCGGUCACGCGGCCGCUGGACGCAGCCUCGUCAGACCACAGGUGCCGCGGGUUUAUUAUCUGUGCCUUGAUCUGGGGGUCUACCAUAGCAAUGGCCUUCCCCUACAUGACAACACCGGGUGUCAACCCUGACGGAGACAAAACCCGAUGCUUCGAGGGUUACCAAAACCAAACGGAAUAUGAAAAGAAGAAAGUGGCAGUUAUGCAUUUCGUAAUAAUUGGAUUGUUUUCUGUUGUGUUUUUUAUUGUUGUGGUGUUCAAUUUCCUCAUUGCCCGAGCCCUGCUUUCUCAGAAUAUGCCGCAGUCAGGGUAUUCCUCCAGCACGGUCAAGUCCAACAGAACCAAGACAUCUACAUUUACAAAUCCCAAAAACAGCAGAGGGGUGAAGAGGAGGGCUCUGCAGAUGCUCCUGGCCGUGGUGGGGGUGUUCGUGCUGUGCUUUCUGCCCCACCACAUAGUCCAGGGCCCCUGGGCGUUGGCUGUGCUGCAGAUAAAAGACGGCUGGGGCCACAUGGACUGGCACCAGGACACACGGCAGGCGCUCAGCGACGCACAUCAGAUCACCUUGGUCCUGAUGGGCUUCAACUGCAUCCUGGAUCCUGUCGUGUAUUUUUUUGCCACAAGGAAGUUCAGGCGUUUCAUUGUGGAGCACAUGAAAAGGAUGUUGAAGGGGGAGGCUUGCUCUCACUCAGGCAACACGCAGAUAUCCAUGGACAGCAAAAACCAGAGCCAAAAAAUCCAGAGUGUCCAACCUCAGCCGAACGAGGAGUAGCUCAGUAAUUUCGGACACACAGGUAUAUUUUUUGGUGACACGUGUCACAUAUGGAGCUGGACUGUUAGCAUGUCUUUUUUUGUUUGCAUCAAAAACGAAGUCACUGUCAUUUUGUAUUUUGAAAAUGUUUUAUGAGUUGUAACUUGUUCUUGUCUCUCCACAUGAAGCUUCAUUUGGCCAAAUACAGUAUCUGCUUUUCUCACCCUGGCUCUCUGUGUUGAGUCUAAUUUUAAUGUACCUUCUAUAGCAUGUAUAUUUUUGGACAUUUUUAUAUUUUGGGGGGUUCUGCCUUGCAUCUUCUCAUAUUUUGGCACCAAAUAAAAAUGUUUUUGCUUCCUUAGGAAUCCCCAUGGAGCUUGGCCCUCAUUUGGGUCCAUCUUUACAGCGAUGCAGUUAGCUAAAUUUAUGACUGCUGUAUAAAAAUAUUUAGGCAAACUUUCAAUCAGGUUUAACAGAAAACUCUUCCUGGAAGGUUAUAAAGUGUUAACUGUUCUACUUGUUAACUAGUACACUGAACCUCUCAAUGAAAGCACAUUAUCUCUUCCCUCUCUUUUUCAAUUUCAAAUCCACAAUCCCUAGAACAAGCUGCAGGGAGUCGGCUUCUACUGAAAUUUCACAACCAAGAGCAGGGUGUUCCCCAAAAAUGCACAUUUGCUGUUUUCUGUAAUUGGAUGGAAGUUUUGUGUUUCAUUAUUUAAGUUGACGGCAGGUUCCGGCUGUACCUUCUCUUGUAAAUGUGUUUAAACCACUUGAACUUGUCAUAUUAUAAUCAUAAUUAUUGAUGUAUUUUAUCAGGAUGCAAAUGGAUUAUAUGUUGUUUUUGUUGUUGUUGUUUUUUAUAGAUUAAAAUUUUAAAAAGUA